UUUGUAUAUUCUCAAAGUAAAACGAAGGAUUUAGAUCAGGAUACAGUAGUUUCACACUUGCCAUCAUGUCGAUCUUGGGAAUCCAUGGCCUGACUUUGGAGGUUACAGUUAUUGGAUGUUAUAACUUGGAAGACAAGGAAUGGGUAUCAAGACAGGAUCCUUAUGUCUGUCUUGAUUAUGGGAGUGCCAAGUAUCGAACCAAAACCUGCACAGAUGGAGGGAAGAAUCCUACUUUUCAAGAGAAGUUCAUAUUCACACUUAUUGAAGGCCUCAGGGAGUUGAAUGUGGGGGUUUGGAACAGCAACACUCUCGUCGCAGAUGAUUUUAUCGGCAGUGGAAGGAUUCAACUCCACAAAGUUCUGUCCCAAGGUUUCGAAGAUUGCACCUGGCCUCUUCAAAGCAAAACUGGAAGACAUUCAGGAGAAGUAAGACUAAUAAUGCACUACCCCAAUGCCAGACAACCCCAAAACUGGAUGACAAAAGGAGCUCCGUCAUUUCCAGGAUAUGCACCAUCUGCCCCCUUAGCCCAGGUCACACCAUAUGCUCAUCCACCACCAGCACCACAUCCGACUCCGAUGCCAUAUGCAGUCCCAGGCCUAUCUUCUUACAAUCUGUAUCCUCCUAGUACAACAACAUAUCCACCAUCUCCAUUCGCUGGCUAUCCUCCACAGGCCACUCCUGCAAGUUAUAAUUAUCCUCCACAAGUAUACCCACCUCCCCCUCAGCCUUCACAUUUUUAUCCACCAGCCCCGGCUGGAAUCUAUCCUCCGCCACCCUAUUGAGCUCUUUUGUCAUUAAAGCUUAGAAGUACUGCAUCAACUGAAGCUAAAAGAAUUCAUGCCUUGAGCCACAGUGGCUUUGUAAUUGAUCUGAUUUCCUCGGAAA